GCUGCGAGAGAAGCGCGAGCGGCGGAGACAGAGGGGUAUCGCGCGUGUCUCUAAUCACACACACACACGGAGCAACUCGAGGGGGGUAACUGGGACGCCAGAGAGGCUCAGCUGCACAGCGAGACCAGGAGCACCCGAGACCAGACUCGUAGUCAGAGGCCUCCGACCGACAUGAAGAAAGCCGGACUUCUCGGGCUGCUGUGCGCCCUCGUGCUGUUCGCUUCUGCUCGGGCAGACGAACCUUUGGCUGACGAGACUGUGGAGGAGGAUUUGGGCAAAAGCAGGGACGGAUCCAAAACCGACGAUGAAGUUACCAAAAGAGAGGAAGAAGCUAUCCAACUAGACGGAUUGAAUCCUGCCCAAAUUAAAGAAUUGAGGGACAAAUCUGAGAAGUUUGUGUUCCAAGCAGAAGUUAACCGAAUGAUGAAGCUUAUCAUUAAUUCUCUCUACAAAAACAAGGAGAUUUUCCUGCGAGAGCUUAUUUCUAAUGCUUCUGAUGCUCUGGACAAAAUCCGGUUAAUAUCGCUAACUGAUGAUUCUGCACUAGGUGGAACAGAAGAAAUGACCAUCAAGAUAAAGGCUGAUAAAGAAAAGAAUAUGCUACACAUCACAGAUACAGGUAUUGGCAUGACCAAGGAGGAAUUGAUAAAAAAUCUUGGCACAAUUGCAAAGUCUGGAACAAGUGAAUUUUUGAAUAAGAUGACUGAGAUGCAGACUGAAGGGCAAUCUACUUCUGAGCUGAUUGGUCAGUUUGGCGUGGGCUUCUAUUCUGCCUUUCUGGUAGCAGAUAAAGUUAUUGUCACUUCAAAGCACAACAGUGACUCUCAGCAUAUUUGGGAGUCAGACUCAAAUGAGUUCUCAGUCAUAGAGGAUCCACGAGGAAACACAUUGGGUCGUGGUUCCACAAUCACAUUAGUCAUGAAGGAGGAAACAUCUGAUUAUCUUGAACUGGAGACCAUCAAAAAUCUGGUGAAGAAAUACUCUCAGUUCAUCAACUUCCCCAUCUACGUCUGGAGCAGUAAGACAGAAACUGUUGAGGAGCCAGUGGAUGAGGAGGCCCAAGACAAGGAAGACGAUACUGAUGAUGAGGAGGCUGCAGUUGAAGAGGAAGAUGAAGAGAAGAAGCCCAAAACUAAGAAGGUUGAAAAGACAGUCUGGGAUUGGGUGCUGAUGAAUGACAUUAAGCCAAUCUGGCAAAGACCAACUAAAGAAAUUGAGGAAGAUGAAUAUAAAUCAUUCUAUAAGACUUUCUCAAAGGACUCUGAUGACCCAAUAGCUCACAUUCACUUCACUGCUGAGGGAGAAGUCACAUUCAGGUCUAUCUUGUUUGUGCCUAAUGUUGCACCUCGUGGUUUAUUUGAUGAGUAUGGAACAAAGAAAACUGAUUACAUUAAGUUGUUUGUUCGUAGGGUGUUCAUUACAGAUGAUUUCCAUGAUAUGAUGCCCAAAUAUUUGAAUUUCAUCAAAGGUGUGGUGGAUUCUGAUGACCUGCCAUUGAAUGUGUCUCGUGAAACUCUACAGCAACACAAACUGUUGAAGGUAAUCAGAAAGAAGCUUGUCCGCAAAACCCUGGAUAUGAUCAAGAAAAUUGCAGAUGAGAAGUAUGAUGACUUGUUCUGGAAGGAAUUUGGCACUAACAUCAAGUUGGGUGUGAUUGAGGAUCACUCUAAUCGAACACGUUUGGCUAAACUGCUGCGUUUCCAGUCAUCUCACAAUGACGCCAAAUUAACCAGCCUGGAACAAUACGUUGAGAGAAUGAAAGAGAAACAAGAUAAGAUAUACUUCAUUGCUGGAGCCAACAGAAAUGAGGUUCAAACAUCUCCUUUUGUGGAACGUCUCCUGAAGAAGGGUUAUGAGGUGCUCUACCUGACUGAGCCUGUUGAUGAAUACAGUAUCCAAGCUCUGCCUGAGUUUGAUGGAAAGAGAUUCCAGAAUGUUGCCAAAGAAGGGCUAAAAUUCGAACAAAGUGAAAAGGCCAAGGAAAAGCAUGAAGCAAUGGUGAAGGAAUAUGAACCACUCUUGACUUGGCUAAAGGACAAAGCCUUAAAAGACAAGGUUGAGAAGGCUGUACUAUCUGAGCGUCUUACAGAUUCUCCUUGUGCUCUGGUGGCAAGUCAGUAUGGAUGGUCUGGAAACAUGGAAAGAAUCAUGAAGGCUCAAGCAUACCAGACAGGGAAAGACAUUUCCACAAAUUACUAUUCUGGCCAAAAAAAGACCUUCGAAGUUAAUCCAAGACAUCCUUUGAUCAAGCAGUUGCUCAAACGAGUUCAGGACAGUGAGGAUGACCAGACUGCCACUGACCUUGCUGUAGUUUUGUUUGAAACUGCAACAUUGCGUUCAGGAUACCUGCUGCCAGACACCAAAUUAUAUGGUGAUAGAAUCGAAAGAAUUCUUCGUCUCAGCAUGAACAUAGCACUUGAUGAAAAGGUCGAAGAUGCUGAAGAAUAUGAAGAACCAGCAGAGGAACCAGAGGAGGUGAAAGCAGAAGAUGAUGCAGAGGAAGAUGAUGCAGAAGAACAGGAAUCCACAGAUGUUAAGGAUGAAUCAUCAGAGAUCAAACCCGACCAUAUAUUAAGUGGGGAUCUGUAACAUAAUGAGACGCCAAACCACUGCAUGGAAUGUAGAAGGAUGAACGAUUCACACAAAAGGUCUGGGGAGGCCAAAGGAGUUUUGUACUUUAUAUUCCUUGUGGAAGUGAAAUGCCUGUAAAUUUGUAAUAUUGAAAAUGACAAUUUCUUGUGAAACAUGUGAACCAUAAUAAACCUUUUCCACAAA